AUGUUGAAGAGCGGUGAGACCAAUGGUGUCCAAAGUAAUGUGGUAAGAGCAAGCAGCAGAAUGCGUGGACUGGCCGAGCCUGGCAUAAAGGAUAACCAAGGCAGGACAUGGAGAAGACUCAUCGUUACAGAUUGUUUCAUUUCCACCAAAGUGUGGUACUCUCUUUAUAAAGGAACUCUAGAAGCGACAAGAAAGAGGGUUAGGAUGUGUGACGAUGAAAGACAUAUCGACCUAACCAUGGUUGAAAUCAUUGGUUUGCAGGCAUUCACCACUGAUGGAGGUAUUGCUAGCUAGACAAUUGGUAUGAGUCGGUUUUGUUUAGUUAAAUCAAUUUGGUAAAACAGACAAAGUUGAGUUCUUUCUAGCACUUGGUCGGAUUUCUAUUUUGCGGUUUAUGUUAAGAAAUAUGUAAAAUUUACUGCUUAAACUAGAAAUCGAUAAAUCAUCUCGCAUUC